AUGAAUCCGUCGUCCCCACCAUCUUCAGCGUCUACAUUACCAACUUCAGCUCCUGCACCACCAACGGCAGCAUUACCUCCAGUGACCGCUGCACCGGCUCCGACGGAAGCUUUAGAGCCAUCCGUCGACGAUCCGAAACAGGAGGAUUCGACUAUCAAUCCAGGCACAUCCGAAAUCUCGUCUAGCCCGGAAACUCACCAGGAGUCGGAACCAAGCGCAAGCAACACGACAUCUUCAAAUCCAUUAACGCCCCUAAGUAUCAGUAGUGGCAAUGAUACCUACAGUGGCAACUCUGCUAUAUCGAAUACACCCGAAAACUUGUCUACCAACCUAGUCACCAAAGCGGAAUUCAGAUCUAUCGAAAAAACCGACACAGAGUUAAUUGGCUCCGUUGGAAAGAGCACAGAAACUCAGCGAACAACCGGUAGCGGCGACAACAGUGCACAGACGAUAAACAAUCAAAGCGAGGAAGCUGACAGCAACCACGGCAUCAUUGGACUUGCUGUCGGCGGCGGUGCCUGUGCUAUGCUAAUCGCCUUUGGCGUUAUCUACCAAGCUCGCAAGCGUGCAAAAGGACUAGAAUAUGAGGACAAGGAUGUACAUUUUCAGGCCGCCACGCCUUAG